GAAAUCUGUGGGAUUCACACACCUGUGGGCAUCAGCCAUGAGAAAACACCUGUUUUGUGAACAGCGGGCAUAUAUAUAUGGAUGACAGAAGUGUUCAGAGAGCAGAAAGUCUAGACAGACUGCAAACAUGCUGAGGAUCCUGUUGUUGAGCGUGCUGGCCGCCCUGGCGCUGGCUGAGCCCAGAUAUCUGGAGGAUCAGGCCCCUGAGGAGAGGGUCGUUGGUGGAGCGGUGGCAAAACCCAACUCUUGGCCCUGGCAGAUCUCUCUCCAGUACCUGUCAGGUGGCAGCUAUUAUCACACCUGUGGUGGGACUCUGAUCAGAACUAGAUGGGUGAUGACUGCCGCCCACUGCGUCGACACCUCGAGAACUUGGCGUGUCGUUCUGGGUGACCACGACAUCUACAACCACGAGGGUCGCGAGCAGUACAUGAGCGUCAGCGCCGUCUACAUCCACCCCAACUGGAACAGCAACAGUGUGGCUUCUGGAUAUGAUAUCGCACUUCUGAUAUGUCCUCCGAUAACUCUGAAAUUGCGAUACGUUUAUUACUGGUGGGGAAGCACCGUGAAGAACACUAUGGUUUGCGCUGGUGGCGGAAGCGAGUCAGGAUGCCAGGGUGACUCUGGCGGUCCUCUGAACUGUCAGGUCAGUGGUAAGUACGUUGUUCACGGUGUGACCAGCUUUGUGUCUUCAUCGGGUUGUAACGCCUACAAGAAGCCAACAGUCUUCACUUAGUUUUUA